AUGGGAAGAUCCGUAGUUGCCGAGGAAAGCGUGCAGUUAUUUAUUGAUGGCUUAUUUGGUACUAAUCAGUGGAUGAUAGGAUUGAUACUUGGCCAGAACAGUUCACAGAGAGACUUUGCCAUUGAACUUGUCAGGAGUCCCAUCGAUGAUACUGGAGAAGAUGAUGAGAAAGGCCACACAGUGAAGAAAAAGAAGAAACCAUCACUGGAUACUGUUGAUGAACAGUGGACUGCAGAACAUGCUAGACAGGUAUCCAGGAUGUUGCCAGGGGGAAUAUCAGUGAUUGGUGUCGUUGCCAUGGCCGCACCUGAUGUCAUGACAAAGUCUCAGGCGAAACUAAGACAGGUAAUGUUUGCAAUUCACAAGACUGUAACCAAAGGCGAUGUUCUUCUCAAAGAUGCUGAUGUAACAGAGAGGAUAUUAUUACAGAUAUGUUCACUUACAAGAAAAACAACUUGUAGAACAAUUGAUGUUUCUGAUCUUAAGAGUACUUUCCGACCAGCCGAAUUGAAGUACCAGUCAUUUGUUAACCGUUGGUCGCAGUUAAAUACUCAAGUGUCUGUUAAUGUAAAAAUACCAGUUAUGAAAUCUUCAAGUAGAAGUAAUUUUCAAAAACAGAUACAACUUGGUGUUAAAUCAUGGUGUAAAUCAUUAUCACAGUCAUUGUGUCUUCUGAAUGGCAAACUGAAAAAAUUAGAUGAGUUAUUGGACACCACACAAACACAUAAGAAAAAAGGAGGAUCAGCAGUUAGUGGAAGUGGACCACAGAAUUUUAAAGUAGCUUUUCUGUUGCAGAAUAAUUCAGCAAAUACUACUAUAGAGAAUAAAGUGUGCAAGUCAAUGAUAAUAUUAAGGGGAAGAAUCUCUGCCAAGUGUUAUAUGAACAAUAAAGCUACAGUCGGUGAAGCUGUAGAGGCAUUAAAAGAAGAUGUUAUUCAUAGUUUAUUGUCAAGAUGUGACUUACUGUGUGAAGAUUUACAACAGACAGAAGAUGACAUCAUAGACAUUAAUACAACUCCACGGCGAGUGUACGUUCAGAUGCCAAGAUCUCAAAUAGAAAUCAGCGAUUACAUGUUUCCAGAUGAGUCAACACAAGAUUGCGUAGGCCGAAUUCAAGAAUUGCUUGAUUUUCAGAUCAGUCCCGAUGAACUUAAAAUAGACAUUGAAUCACUGCCUGGUAUGUUUCUCUUGGCAGACCUCGGUUUAUCCUCCCUUGAGGCGUCCAAUAUAAUGAUCUUCUUUGGAGAGAAGAUGAUGGCAUCCAGCACACAUGUCCCAGCCAUCUCGAUCGUGGGAUUUGAAUGGUCUCUUUAA